AUGGUUAAAAAAGGAUAUAAAAAGAAACGACAAGCCCUACGAAGACAACAAGAACAAGAACAACGAGAACUCGAGAACCAAAACCGAAUAGAACAAGAACUCAAACAAAUUGAACACCUACAACAACUAUUCAAACAACAACAACCACCACCACACAUUACAAUCGACCCGAUCAUAUGUAAAAGAGUUUGGAGUAAUAUAGUACUUAGAAGAUUGAUAUGUUCAAAGAUUGGAGAAUGUAUACCGAUAUCGGAAGAGAAUAGAAUCAAACUCAAGCGUGGUUAUGCUGCACGUGAGAUCAGACAGUACAAGACAGAGUUGUGCAACGAGGAGCCACCGAGCGGACUCACGAAUCAAAGGUUUUACGAAUGUCCAGUCAUCACUGCUGACCUCUUUCAAUACCACUACGAAUACAUUCACAAUCAGAUCAAGAGAUCUUACGAGAGGGAUGACUAUGUCCUUGUCUUUAUCUCUGGUAACCCCCGCAACGUGGUUGACACGUGGCUGUUUCGUAGGGCAUUCGAAUACUUGAAACGGACCGAUCCUCAAUCGUUUAUGCCGCACCGCCUUGGAGACAUAUGGGACAAUGUGAUCAAGUCCAACAAUGUCGAACUGUACAACUAUGUCAAGACGGUACUACCAAUGCCUUUUAUCAGAGAUAUUAAACAACUGGUGUCUCGUGCAACCAAACCUUUCAACCCGAGCCCAACUAUUGAAUAUGGUGUGCCGGCACCACCAUCCAAUACAAAGUUGUUGAAAUCUCUAUUAAAAGACCUCAAACUCAUUGACCCUCUAGAGACACAGUGGUUUACAUCAUGUAAUUACAAAAAUUUGGUCGAGACAGGAUCGAUUGAAAUCAUGGAGACGAUAGACAAGUAUGCAGGUGACUAUUAUCGACCCACCGACGCUACUUUGAUGGCUCGAGCUAUUGAAACCAAACAAAUCGAGUCGAUUCGGUUCCUAUACAAAGUCUGCAAGAUUCCAAUUAGUAAAGUGUCAAUGCUACAGGCAGCUCAUUUUUGUGACCUCUCAUUCAUCAUUGCUUUGCAUGACAUUGAUCCUGGAGCUUGUCGUCUAUACGCCCUCUUCCUACAUGUCAUGGGUACAAGUUUUUCAAAUGGUUCUCUUCGUCACUCAGAAUCCAAAUCAGAAGAGUGGCAAGACUUUAAAAAAGAAUUUUACCAACUUGGUAAACAACUAAACUAUGUGGAUAAAAAACUACAACACCAAAUAGACAACAAAUUGCCAUUCAGAUGCAUCCCCAAAAAUAUUCAACAACCACAACAACACUUUAAAAUAUUUGAAUGCAAUACUUCUGAUUCCUCCAUCCCAACUCUAUCACCAUUUUCAUUUGAUAAUAUUAUUUAA